UCUCGUCUCGUACGCAGUUAGUGCUUGUACUUGUGUGAGUUAUUUUAAUUAAUAAUUAGUUUAAUUAAUCAUAAAUGAGUUUAAGCGUGAAUAAUUUUUUUAAUGCGGUUGUUGGAGUAAUGCGCAUUACAAGGGCUUACGUCACGUUUACUGAUCUGAUAAAUACAAGAACAAACUCAGAUGGCGGGACCGGGGACACGAGUACCCUGGACAUGGGCAGCCGCUCCUCACUGCACACGGGCCUCCACAUGUCAGAAGAUGAACACUGGGAGAUGAAUUAUCAUGAGGCUGCUAUAUAUUUAGAGUGUAUUCCAGGAAGGAUUAAACAAUGAGAAAUUUGACUCCCACCCGUCGAGCCCUGAGGAGUUACCAGCGUACCUUAGAGUGCACAAUCCGUGGUAUCACGGACUGGACCUCCUCGCCUCUUUAGUGCUUAUUAUGCUGGCGUUUACAGAAGAUCCAGCAGUACCGGCUUUUGAGCUUCCAGUAUGGGCGCACGGCACCAUAGAAUUAAUGGCAUUAACAGUUAUUGGGGUGGAACUACACUUAAAAUUAAAAUGGAUAGGCUGGAGCACUAUCCUAAAACACAAAAGAACUAUGAUAAAGGGUAUUACCCUUUUAAUAAUGGUAUUGGAAGCAGUGGUGGUCCUUUGUAGACAAUCUUCACAUUUUCGUGUAACGAGAGCACUGCGACCCAUUUUCUUGGUAGACACGCGGCACUGCGGUGGCGUGAGAAGGUUCAUCAGACAAAUAUUACAGUCGUUACCGCCUAUUAUUGAUAUGUUAGGUCUUUUAAUGUUCUUUGUGGCGACAUAUUCGCUGUUAGGUUAUUAUUUAUUCUCGGAACACAUAGACAAUGGACACUUUCAGACAAUCAGUGAUUCCUUCGUUAGCAUGUUUGUUUUGCUGACUACUGCCAAUUUCCCAGAUGUAAUGAUGCCGUCGUAUGCUAAAUCAAAAUGGUACGCGCUGUUCUUUAUCCUGUACAUAAUUACCGUCCUCUACGUACUUAUGAAUUUGAUGCUGGCGGUAGUGUACGAGACGUUCACGCGCAUCGAGCGCGAGAAGUGCCGCGCGCUGCUGCUGCACCGGCGCCGCGCCGCGCGCCACGCGUUCCGGCUGCUGGUGUCGCGCCGCGCGCCGCGCCACGUGCGCCUGCGCCACUUCGCCGGCCUCAUGCGCCACUACGCGCCGCACUACAGCGGUUUAGACGUAUAUCUAAUGUUCAAGCAACUAAACCAUUCCGACACCGGCGGCCUGUCUAGUUCCGAGUUCGCGAACCUGUACGAGGUGUUCGCGCUGCGCUGGUGUCCGCAGCAGUCGCGCGCGCCCUGGUACUCCGCCUCGGCCUUGGAGCCGUUGGGGAGGGCCGCCGCUGCUGCCGUCCGGUGGCCUUACUUCGAAUACCUUAUAUACGCACUAAUCAUAGGUAACGGGAUAUCAAUGGUGCUGCGUGUUUGCGAAGCGGCCGGCGACCUGCAGGACAGCGCCAGACUGUUGUGUGCCUCGUGGGAUACUUGGUUAUUCCUCACGUUGUUCCUCCUGGAAGCUGGGCUCCGUAUAAUGGCCAUGGGACUAGCGGCCUACCUGGAGAGUGGGUGGAACGUGUUCGACCUGAGUGUGACGCUGCUGGCCCUCAUGGGCGCUGUGCUGUUGAGCAUAGCUCCCAAACUAUUCAUUGUUGUUAUAUUCAGACCACUAAGAUUAAUGCGUCUAUACAAAUUGAAGAAACGCUACCGCGACGUGUUCGGCACGCUGGUAUUGCUAUCCCCGUUGAUGUCAUCCGCCGGCUGCGUAAUGCUUGUCAUGUACUACUUCUUCGCCAUCGUCGGCAUGGAGCUCUUCGCCACAUACGACUUGAGGAAUUGCUGUGUUAACACCACCGUGGAGGAUUUCUACAAAUUCUCACUGAACAGUUCCACCCCCCUUGGGUACUAUUACUUGAACAAUUUCGAGAACAUCGUCACUAGUGGCGUGACGCUGUUCGAGCUGACCGUCGUCAACAACUGGUUUAUCCUGAUGAACGCAUAUGCCACUGUUGCCGGGCAGUUUAGCAGGAUGUACUUUAUGGUAUUCUAUCUAUUCACAAUGGUGGUGCUGACGAUAGUGGUAGCAAGCGUGCUGGAGGCUUUCAGAUUUAGGAUACAGUAUAAACGGAGCACCACGAAAAGAGACGAGGAGAAGCUGCUGCAUGAGGAAGUACAUACGAAUUGGGAAGAGGCGCAGCGGCUUGGCGCCAGCGGAGAUCUAGCUGAAGAGUUGCGUCCUUAUCUACCGCCUGGGGUGGAUGUGACGUUUAUUGGUUCAAGACCACGAACGAAGGAGGUGCUGCAAAGGAGAAUGUAUCAGUCUGAUAUUCAGAAGUGGCUUGCUGAGGAAGACGAAAAUGAAGGUAUGCCCCCAUCGACUACGCUAACCUCAAGCGAGGACCCACUAUCUCCUCCUCUCAUCCACCAGCCCGAAACGGAGUCCAACAGUCAACUUCAAACCGGCUACCAGUUGUAGAACAUAAUUCUGAGCGCGCUGUUCGACCGGCUCGCCUUCAUCUGGGACGCGGUUAAGACUUUAUGAUGGAGUAUAUUCCGAUGGUUCUUCGGAUCAUUCCAGGCUUGAAUAGUGCAAUUAUCUACAUAGGAUUGAAUGUGUGCUGUGAGGUAUACUCUGAAUAUAAUUAUAUAGCUAUCUAGCAGCUUGAUGUCGAUAAAACAGCAAGUACAUUCGCGGUAAACAACUUGAACAAAACCAUAGACAAUGAUGCUUGCGCAGUACAUAGUUGUGCAAGCAAAAUUGUUACUGCGCAAAUCGUAUUGUGUUAGAUGCUCAAGUUAUUUGUCGUAGUCUAUAGAAUCGUUAUGUUCAUAGGCAAUUUUUAGCAGCUUUACGAAUACAUAAUAAAUAUAUUGUAAUAUUUUGUUUAUAGAUAUAUUAUUAUAAAUGCAGUACUGUUUUAAUAUUUUAUAUAAUAACAUUAAUAAAUAGACACAUACCUAGUAAUAGAUAAAUUGUUUAAUGCCUUUAUUUUGAUUGACAAAAUUGGCAUAUUUGAAAAAAGUAUACUUGUAAACAUUAUGGUAUAAAUAAAUUCUAAUUUUGAAAUUGAAAAUCUGCUACAAGUAUAGAAAUUAGAGUACGUAAAUUGUAAUAAAUUGCCAGAUUAAUUUUUUUGCAAAUAUGCUAUAUAUAUAAAAAUAAAGGUUUGUAUGGUGCAUGGAUGUAUAAAAUAAUAUAUUUAAUAAAGUAUUUCGAAUGGUAACAACAUCUGUGAUAACGGAAUCAUGAUUGACCAAUGUUUUAAUAGAGACAUAUAUUUCGUUUGAAUUUUGUUUAAUCGUAAAUAGCUUAUUGUGUAGUCUAUUUCAAUAGAGCUUAAUUAAUAUGUAAAUAAACGAAUAAUUAACUUAACUAUAGACAGUCUACUGAUCCAAUAAUACUACAAAUAAAAAAAAACAAUCAAUUGAUUAAAUGUUUCUAUUUGUUACUGCUUAAUUUUACUUAAAGAGUGUUUCUGUGAUAAUUUUAAUAAAAUUUUCUUAUCUAUUCAUUAUUUUCUAUUGUAAUAGACUAUACAUAUUAUAAUUAUGACGCGUUGUGAAGACAUUAUGUUUGAGAUUAUUUUGGUCGUAUCUGUAUUAAUUUACCAAAGGUGGUUUAAUUAAUGUUUAAUUUAGUAUUACUAAUGUCGCGCCACGACUAGAGAAACCCAUAACAUUGUCAUUGUAAUACCAGUAAAAAUUAUCAAGAAAUGUCAUAAAGAGAUAUUACUGUUGAAAAGAAAUAGGUAAGUACUAUUUAUAUUUAUAAAUUCUAAUAUAUUUUAAACAUUAAAAAUACUUAAAAAUUACAAAACUUAAAAAAAUAGAAUACUUAAAAAUUAAAAAAUAAUUUUAUUUAAAUUAUUGUAAAAAAAAGUAUAUAAAGUUACACACGGUUUGUUAAACACAAAUAUAUUAUUUGAACAAAACUACUUAACAAACUUAUAACUCUUGCGCAGUAAUUAAUUUUGUAUGUAAAAUUUUACUGUGCAAGUUACAGGUUGUAUACCUGUACUCAAAUUAUUUCCCAUUACCUAUUUUCAAGGUUUUCUACACAUUUUAAAUUUAUGUUAGUAAUUUAACAAUGCGAGGACAAGUAAAUAGUACUUACAUACUUAAAAAUAAAUUUGAAUCUACAGAAAAUUAAAUAAAAUCUCUUUUCGUGGUGACGACUUCUUGUAUUUUUAACGACGGGAUUAAUUACAUAACAAAAAAACAUAAAAUUUUACUAUAAGUUUUUGUUUUUUUUUUUACACAAAAACUACAAGGCAAGAUAAUAUUCUAAAAGUGCUUUAUAGAUAAAGCUAAUUACUGUUAGUUGACGUGUUUAUAUAAUUAAAUCGACAUCUAUGUAAAAAGAAAUGAAAUUGGAAAUAUAAAUAAAUAAAUAAAGUAUUGUAGUUAGGGCACACAGAGCUUAGACGUGUAUAUGUUUGUAUACAAAUUAAUAAAUACAAAAUAAGUGUAGUUGGCUUCACUGUUCAGAAAAAAAAAAGUGUAACGGAAAAGAUACAAUUUGAAAUCAAGCAAUAGUACCUAAUUGUGAAAUAAUAUAUUAUUAAUUAUGCUUAACAGGAAAUUUACAAAAUUAUUUUUUAAAUUUGGAUCAUUUGGCUUGUAUUUUUUCCGUUACACUGCUUUCUACCAAGAAUACAAACGAAAAAUAUUAACUAUGGCAACACUUGUAAGGUGUUGCUACUUUAGUGAUAUAGCAGUGCAAUAGACUAAUACAAGCUAUAGCUAAUAUUGUUUAUAAUAAUUUACAAUAUAAAUUCGAAAUGGCUGCUUCUUUAUUGAUUGAAAUGAAUCUAGUCUAACCUGUAGCUAAUUUUAUAUUGUGUAUGAAGCUCGUAGCUAGUAUUCACGUGAAAAAUAAGGCGGGAAAUAAUUAUUUAUUUUAAUUAUUCAUUUGCUUAUAUGUGUAUGAUAUAAAUGCAAAUAAUUUAUAUACAUAUAUACCUACUUAUUACGCAUCACAUAGUUUCCUUUUCCACUGUUUUAUAAAAGAACAUAGAUACAUACGCGGUCAAACUGCACUAUGAUAUAUAUACGUAUUAAAAUUAAGUAGUCUCUUUAACUACAUUGACGUUUUGAUUGGAUAUAAAAAAAAAUACAGGUAAAAAAAAAACAACUAAUAAUCUUUAACAAAAAAAAAUAUAGUGUGAUGUAGUCUUUGAUCUCAGAUGCUCGUCCUGAGUUAUCAUAACACAAAAUAUCAUGGCUUGAGUCCUUUGCCUCACUUUUUUUUUUAUAGAACUCCCUGGCUACGGGCACAAUACUAUUAUAUUAGAAUAAACAAUUAAUUAAAAACACAUACAACUAAGUUAAACAAAUACAAUGCUGUAUUUGUUUAAUUUUACAAUACCUUUUACAUUUGAUAUUUUUAAAUUAGGCUUUUAUUGUAUUAUUUAAUGACGAAAUAAAUUUGAAAAACAAUCGUAUAUACUUAAGCAUAAUUACCUAAUUGUGUUUUUAUUGACCAUUAAUUUAGGAAAUAAUCUAAUUUAAAUACUAACAUAUUUUUAAUUUAAGAAUUUUUUUAAGGUGUAUUAAUUUAUUUUCCGUUUCUAAAUUUUAUUUUUUAUACCAACCACAGAUGAUAAUAUAGAUACUACUUGAUAUAAAAGUUCUCUCUCUUUUCAUUUAAGAGAUUCUUCUUGUCGCGGCAACUAAUUCAUGCAUUUUCUUCCAACCAGCUCUAUCCCAGGCCAUAUCCUUGAUCUCCCUAUACGAUAUGACACCUAGUGCUUCCUUUAUCUGUCCCAUGUAAUUAUUCCUUGGUCUUUCCCUUCUUCUUUUGCCCUCUAAAUUUCCUUCCUCUUUAAAAAAUCAUUAUGUCAUAUAAGUUGGCCCAGCAUUUUGCCUCUUCUGUUCUCUAUUGUUUUUAUUCUUGUUCUUUUCUCAUUCACUCUUUUCAAGACUUCCCCAUUCGUUACUAUUUCUGUCCAGCCUAUCCUUUCCAUUCUCCUCCAUGUCCAUAUGCCUCAAGCAUCUUUCUUUCCUUUUGCGUCAUUGCCCAUAUUUAACACCCAUAUAAUGCUAUGUUCCAAAUGUAAGUUAUUAAAAAUGUCUUACGGAUUAUUUUUGAUAUUUUUGACGUAAAUAUAUGUAUUUUUGUUAUCAUAGCUCUGUUUUGUAACUAUAAAUAUAUAAUAUGAAUAUAAAAGUUAUUUGCUAUAAGUAUUAAUGUUAAAGUAUUAAAGUUGUUUUAUGUAAACGCAGUACAUACCUAAAUGAAAAAGUAUACGCAGCUAUAAUAUAUAUUAUGUUUUUUUAGAAAAUUUACUUUUCGAAAUCAUCUACUAGAGGUGCAGCUUCUUUUUAAUUAUAUCUAUUCGCAGUCAUAACGUUCAUUCAAUUAUUAAAUUUUGUAGAACUCUCACUAGCCACUCGGAUAGGUCCGUUAAAUAUCAGGUACGUUCUUUAAUUUAUACAGCGCCGCAUUUAAGAACAGAUUAUAUAGGCUAUAGCCUAGAGGCUUCUACCAUAAAGGGCUCCCCAACACAAAUGGGCAGAUUUGGUUAAAAAUUAAGAAAAUAAAAAAAAUGGAAACUUAAUUUUUUACCAAUAAGCGUUAAAAUUUUAUUACUAGCAACACUGCCACGGCUAGAGAUUUCCCGCAGCCAUUUCAUUUGCAGAUUAAUAAACAAUAGUGAAUAUGUCAAUAAUUCUAGUUUCAUUCCAUCAAUUUAACUGAAUUUUAAAUACUAUAUAGGUACCUAAUAAAAUGAUUAAAAAUCAAUUUAUAAUAUAUUAAUAAAUAUUAGGAAAUUAAUUUGUAAUUUUAAAGUUGAAAUUAUAAAUAUAGUAAUCUGCAUUAUACGUAAAAUGGUAUCCUCACCACAGAUUUAGCUUAGGAUCCACAGACCCUAAAUGCGGCGCUGAAUAAUCGACAAGAUGUCUCGGAUUAGAUUACCCCAUCUGAAAUUACUGUCGUGAGCAUAACACACAUGUUUUACUAAAUUAAUUGCAAAUACCUUACUUUACAUUUGCAGUAUUUUUCUACAUUAUAUAAUAAAAAAUACAUAAAUUAGGUAAUGCAGGGUUGGAAAAAUUAUUUGUACUAAAUCUAUAUUAUGAAUAGUGUAAUGUAUUUUUUGUUAUUAAAUUUCUAUAUGAAUUAGGUAUGACAUUAAAAUACAAACAUAUAUUGAAUUAUAAUAGCUUUCUUUAAAGAGGGGAGACCCUUUGUAGAGACUUGCAUUGAACAACUUUCAAUAUUUAUGAUUUAAAAAGUGCUCUAAGAAGCGAACUUUGUCUCUGGUAUUGCAAGCGUUCAUUGGUUACGGUAAUUGCUUACAAUCAGGCGGACCGUAUGCUUGUUUGCCAACUUUUUUAUAUACAGAAAAAUUGCCAUUUUCAUCAAGAUACUAAAUCAUUGAUCAGUACCAGAUCAGUCAUGUUUUUGUUAGGCCUGUGUCUGGAUGAUGAAGAUGAUGAUGACGUGAUUUAACGACGAUUUUGUUUUUAAAUGACUUCAUUUAUAUACUAAAGAUUAUGCUUUUUAUUUUUCUGGUCCAGUCUUCCAGGUUUUUUGAUUUUUAUCAUCCAUUUUACAAUGUUUAAGUAUUGAUAUUAAUUGUAUGGCCACUAUAGUAUAGCUAAUGUUACAUAUAAAAUGUACCUGGAAUCAUUAAUGGGUUUUUAGGGUUUUUAUUUUUAAAUAUAUUUUUUUAAUAUAUUAAGACGUAAAAGAUUUUAUUAAUUUAUAAAAGAUUAAAAAUAGAUUUAUAUUUUUUGUCAUCGAUAAGUGCAUAUUUUUUUUUAAAGUUUGUAAUAGUUUUAACCUUAGAUUAUAUAGACAGAGUGUCUCUAUAUACUUCCCCAAAAACAGUUCAUCUUUUUAUCCAUGUGUGCAUAAAUAGGGUUACAAAUAUCUACAGUUAAUUCCGCGUAGUAGGAAACAUUUAUAAGGUUUAAUUAAAAAAUUAAAACAACUUAACUAUACUCUUAGGAAUAUAUUCAAAAAAACAAAAUAAACAGUGCAAAAUGAUGCUUAACUUUAUACUGAAUAUUUUGAUUAAUAUCUGAGUAUAGACACAAAAUAUGUUUUCAUUUUUAAAUCACUAAAAAUGUCCACCAUUUCAAUUAAUAUAUGUAUUCAAAUUUAUAAGAAACACGCACAUAUGUAUAUUUAUAUUAGAAAAAAAAAAUAGUUCCAAAUUCAAAUAAAAAAAAAAAUCAACUACUUGAUCUUGGAAAUUUUUAAUCCAAUUACUUGCAACACUGAAAAAAGCGCGGUUUGUUUUUUUUUUAUACCUUUUUAAUAUUCGAUGCUCUAUUUAUAUAAUCAGGUUUAAACGGAAUUCAUUUAUGUAUGUAUGUGAAUGUUUAUAGUUUUAUUAUUUUAUUAUAUUGUUAACAGUAUUAAUAUGAUUUGAAUGUAUUGUAAUCGCUUUAAGUGAAGAUAAUUAUUUUUUUUUUAAUAUCACAUUGUUGAUACGCAAUUGUAAUAAUAUUGAAAUGUGUUGAUAUUUUAUUGUCAAUAAAUGCACUUUUAGGUAAUAUUUGUCUCAAUUUUUUAUUUUUUUCACAUCGUCAAAAAAUUUUAGCUGUUUUUUUAUGAAUGAUUUUUUUUUAUACAACUUAGAAUGGCAAACAAGCUGACGGCCCACCUGAUGGAAAGUGGUAACCGUCGCCUAUAGACAUGAGCAGUACCAUGGACAUAACAGAGUAUACUGUUACGCAUGUUAAAUAAAAUAACAUACCAUGGCGUUGUUCAGAAAUAAGGUGUUAUCAUUCCAUACUCUGUAAUUUUUUAUCGUAUAUUAUCGUUAACACGUUGCGCCCGGCGCCGGUCCCUGGGGACCGGCAGCGAACUUUCCGUGGUCAGCGUCGAUCCCAGGGGACCGGCACUAGAAUUUUCCGUGUG